AUCACGUUGAGACGACUCGUUCUUCUGAUUCACAUUUAAGAAUCGUUUAAAAUGAACGAAUCAUUCAUGAACGACUCAUCACUAUUAGAAGGUGCUGAGUGAACCAGGACAUCAGAAGGAUUCGGAUUAUUUCCUCAUCUUUGUGAGCAGAAAUGAGAGUUUUGGUCGGAGGAGGGUCAGGGUUCAUUGGCCAUGAACUCAUGAAACUCCUAAAGGUCAAAGGUCAUGAGGUCACCAUUAUUUCACGACAGCCUGGUCUGGGCCGGAUCACGUGGACUGAUCUGGAGUCAGUUGGUCUUCCUGUGUGUGAUGCUGUAGUGAAUCUUGCUGGAGAAAACAUCUUAAACCCACUGAGACGCUGGAACAAGAGUUACAGGUCUGACGUGUUUAACAGUCGACUCAAGACCACCAAGACUAUAACUCACUCCAUUACAUCCACGCAAACUCCUCCUCACUGCUGGAUCCUCAUCACCGGCCUCGCAUGUUACAGAGCGAAUACGGAGACUCUGUACACAGAGGACAGUGAGUCGACAACCUUUGACCUUUGGUCUCAGCUGGUGAAAGAAUGGGAAGAAGCAGGACGACUUUCUGAAAACGCAGCAAUACACACCAAACAAGUCGUCAUCAGAUCAGGUGUGGUUCUGGGCCGAGGCGGUGGUGCGAUAAAGCAGAUGCUGACUCCAUUCUGGCUCGGUUUGGGAGGAACGUUGGGAUCGGGAAAUCAGCCCUUUCCGUGGAUUCACGUCUCGGAUUUAGCCGGAAUAAUCGCUCACUCUCUCGACCCGGCCCACAUUCCCGCUUCCUCUCAGCCGCAGGUGUUUCAUGGAGUGGCUCCGGCUCUAAACACCAAUCGUGAGUUCACGCAAGAGCUGGGUCAUGUCCUGAAACGCCCCACGCUACUUCCUGUUCCCGAGUUGCUCUUGAGAGCCACACUGGGCCAUGAGAGAGCUGCUAUCCUGACGCAGGGCCAAAGAGCUGUUCCGAAGAGAACUCUGGAGUCGGGAUUUCAGUUCCAGUAUCCGGAUCUAACCUCAGCACUGCGGCAGAUUAUCACACGCUAGAGAACACUUCUGUGAACUGUCUGAAUUGCUAACCUGCUAGCUAAUCGGAUAACUAGCUUGUUUGUUAAUGGGUUAGCAUGUUAAUUAACAGAGAAUAGAAAAAAAUCUGCUUUCAUGUAGACCGGUUUAGUUGCAGUGAGAUGUAGUUGCAAAGUGGUUAGCCUUAUAACUAACUAGCAGCAUGACUAGCUGACUGUUUACCCAGGUAGCAUACAGAUAGUCAUCUAGUUAUCUUGAUCAUUUCUUUCCUUUCUUUUCAGCUGUUUAGUAAAAAAACAUAAAUAAGAAACUCUGAAUGUUCUAUUUUUAAAGUAUAAAAAAAAGUGCUAACUGGCUAGUGAAGUCAAGACGUGCAAUUAAGUGUAAUAAAAUCCAAACAUGCUAAAUUCUCGAAACAUCGGCUUUUAUUUGCAAAAGUUAAUAAACCGCUUCAUCCACCA